UGUGAUCGACGAUUAAGAUAAUGGUCGCAAAUACAUCGAACGGCCACCCUGCGCUGGCGCACUGUCUACGAUUUGCCGCGACGACCGUCGGCCGGGAUAAGCUGCUACGGACAGCACAAUACUUCUCACGGUUCUAUAUCUGGCACCUGUACCGCAGAAACCACCAAAGGUCCGCAAUCGAUUCCUACAUUGUCCUCCGGAAGCAGCUUGGGACCACGCGCAAGAUCUUACGGCUUGGCAACUUCCUACAGAAUCUCCAGACCCUCGCCCGUGUCAUGAGCGAGAAAAACCACAGUGAACCGGUGCUAAAAUUCUUGGCGAUUGGGGGUCAACUCGGCUUUGGUGGAUAUCUGGUUUUCGACAAUAUCACUGCUCUCAAGGAUAUCGGGAUCCACAAGUUGCCAUCGUCGGAGCGCCUAGAUAUCCUAGCGGAUAAAUUCUGGGCUGCGGGUUUGGUUUGUAGCAUCAUGACAUGCAUCUAUACCUUACUGCACUCGCAGACUGAGCAGAGAACGAAGCCCGAGGAGGGCGAGCGAGAAUCCAAUAAUAAGAUGCGUGCCAAGGAGCGAUCCGCUGCUUGGAUUCAGCUCAUCUCGGACCUAUGCGACUUGACGGUUCCGGGGAAGAGUUUGGGUGUUAAUGCACUCGACGAUGGCAUUGUUGGCAUGGCCGGUACCGUGAGUAGUUUAAUAGGUGUCUGGAACCAAUGGAAGACCACUGCGUAGAUAGGAGUCUAUUCUCAAUGCUAUACAUGUGGACUUCUCCCUAUGUCCCAAGGCAGGCGGUAUUGAAGUAAAAAGAUCUAGGACUCCAUAGACAGUGUGUAAGAUAGAAAUGUGGCAGCUCAGUCAUCAGCACAAGUCCUUUUCCAGAAAGGUCAAGUUCUUCUCGUAGAUACAGAGCCUUAGCCUGUUUGGAUGAUGGAAAUGCACGUACUGGUAUGGCCAUUGGGUGCAUAUUCGUAUGUCGCUCAAGACGGAGGAAGACACUGUUAGAGAUAUCUCAUUCACACAAUGGCCCUAGACCUUGAAGUCG